UCUGCCGACCGUGCAGAUAAAGUUUUAGCUUUUGCGAACUGGGGUGCGAGAGAGCCCAAGGAUGUCUUCCUCAAGAGGACCAGGACCAGGGAUGUUCCAUGAAUGCGGGGAUAAACAACUUGUAUCAUGCUGGUUACCGUGGGCGAAACUGCCACACACCGAGCUGUCAACGCGGGGCCCCGAGAGGGAGUUGUGUGUGAUGGUUCCACCUGGCGGACUUGCGAUCUGUUGCUGCCCGUGUUGUACAGUACUGUACAGUACAUUACUGUAUCAUACCACGGACAAUAUUUAAUUUGGUGCGCCUUGGGGAGCGAUACAUGGUUACGGUGUCAGGUAUGGGCCUUGAGGACCGGAAAAGCUCCAGGCCGAACGGUGGCCAUGGCAGUGAGCCUGUGAAGCUCUUCGUCGGGUGGGUGCUGUACAAGUACAGUACAGUACUCGUAUGAUACCAGUAUGGUACAGUACUCGAGCACUGUACAUAUCCUGUGCGGCCGCCUUCCGCCUCCGGAUUUGCAAUCCAAAAGUCCUGAAGGGAGGGAAAAUAACCCUUGCCCAACUACUAACUAUAACAAUACUAAUAUAUCUAUUAAUAUAUCAUACGAGAGAAGGAAAGAAAAAGAAAAGAAUGAGGCCAUGUUUUAGCACCCCGCAGUAUAAAAAACGUCGGGAGUUUUUUUUUUUUUGCGAAUUCAAAAACUCGAGUCCUCUUGACAAAAGAGCGCAAAAGAAAAAAAAAAUAGCCAUAUCCACAUAGCUAUAAUACCACCGACUAGCGAUUCCGACGGUAAUUAAACGGAACCCCAUUUCGAGGGCCCUGAAAGCCGAGAUAUAACUAUAAUAACAAAUUGAUAUAAUA